UGGAUAAAGUUCGUCUCCACGUUGGAAGUGCUAGAAAGUACAUUGUAUCGAGUGAGAUACAGCAUCUGCUUAGAAAAGGAAAGCCUUGUUUCAGUUGGAAAAUCGAAUAAAACAAUUCUUAAUUGAAAAGACAUAUAUCGAUUGAGGAAGUGAAUAUUUUUGUUUGAUACUAUUCUUCUUUUAUCAAGUCUCAAGAAAAGUUUCCACGUAGGACAUCAAAAGUUGUCCUCCGACUUGAGUUUUGAACAUUAGUCAACUUGUCCUAAAAUUGUCAAAAGAUUGGGGACAUCGGAUUGCAGUUUAUCACUCCAAAUUGUUUAUUGCAAUUUCAACAGUUGAUGCUUUUAUUUUUUCCCAACAACUAUCUUCGAGAUAAAGACCAGUCAAUUGAUGCCCACCAAGAUGGAAGCUACAUUCUAUGACGAAUCGGUAACUGGUCAGCAAGGCGCAGUGGGUGGAUAUCAUGGGUUUAACCCGAAUAGUAUGAAGCAGAGUAUGACACUGAACCUCAACGACCCUAAAAUGUUUAAACCUCAUCUGCGGGCGAAAGCUAUCGAUAUACUGACGUCCCCUGAUGUGGGAUUAUUAAAACUGGCCUCUCCGGAAUUGGAAAGGCUCAUCAUCCAGUCCUGCAAUGGUUUAACGACUCCGACCCCAACUCAGUUCCUCUGUCCCAAGAACAUCACCGACGAGCAAGAGGGUUUUGCUGAGGGUUUCGUGAGGGCGCUCGCGGAGCUUCAUUAUCAACAGCAUAUGCCUAAUGGCAGUUGUGACUCUCAGACGAAUGCUUCCAACGACAUGGCAUCCGCAUCUACUGUAUUGGACAGUCCUAUACCCUACAGCUGCACCGUGCGCCCCAAGCCACCGGAAUACACAAACUUGGGCCUUUUCAAUCGGGCUGUCAGCUCUGCGUCGGCACCUACCGGCGACAGACACUCUUCCGCCAGUUACACGUCCGUCCCGUCCCAAACCCACAUCGAGACCCAGCUGCCAGCCCAGCACCCACGGCUACAGCCAUUCAAAGAGGAGCCCCAGACGGUGCCCGAGAUGAGCGGCGAUACCCCUCCGAUGUCUCCUAUCGACAUGGAGAGCCAGGAGAGGAUAAAGGCCGAGAGAAAGCGCAUGAGGAACAGGGUGGCCGCGUCUAAAUGCCGGAAAAGGAAGCUGGAGAGGAUCUCUAGGCUGGAGGACAGGGUCAAAAACCUGAAGACGCAACACACAGAGUUGGUCUCUUCUGCCAACGUGCUCCGGGACGAACUGGCACUGCUCAAACAGAAGGUCAUGGACCAUGUUAACAGCGGGUGCCAACUCAUAUUGACGCAGCAGCUCCAGGCGUUCUGAACAGCCAUAAGACAUUGCGGUUUGAGUGAGAGACUUUUCAUUAUGGGACCAAACGCAGCUCAUAUAGGGGCGUGUUCUUCGUCUUUGCGCCCUGACAGAAUGGCGACAAGAAAAAUAAACGUAUUCGUGGAAUAAAUAGGCUAGUGGUGGCUACGGCCAACAAACAGUGGCAAUGCCUGUUGAUCGAUUACGAGUUCUGACAUUGUCUAGUAUGUAUAUAGACCAAGUCUAGCACUGAGUUUUCUCACCAGCGACAAGUUGUACAAUGUAACACUAUAACGUUACGAGACAUUGCUUUUUUGACACACCUUGUGCGAGGAUUGACCCAGAGGUGUUUGUGUACUAGGACUGACACAAAACUGCCUUACUUUCUUAACAUUUACAUUAAUACCAUUUUGUGAAGAGGUUCAAACAAAUGUUAGACCUGAAUGAAUACUUUAUCAUAAUACUAUUUUUAUGCCUGUCUUUUGAGCACUUCAGAAAAUACAAAUAUACGACAAAUACAAUGUGGAAUAAAAAGUCAUGAAUUGAGAAUAUUGUCUUUGUUAUAAUUAUAAAGAAUCGGGUUUUAAAUAGCUUUUAUUGGCGCAGAGAAAACGUUGAAUAGUUCGUUCUUGGAUGAACAGUGAAUACAUUUAAUGUUUGUUAACAGUAAAAUGGGGACAGACUGACCAUUGAGUCACUCCAGUGUAGUGUAAUCGCUUGGUAGGGGACCGUGCUCCUCGACGACGAUUGGACACCGUUUCGGAAAUGAGCAGCAAGCAAGCCAAAUAUGGCAAGAGAGCUCUGGGAGCAGUUACGUUUUCUAUGACGGUGGGUCAGGGUGUGCCUAAAAUACUGUCUGUCUCCUGUUGUAAAUGCUGGUUGGUACUAAUAGUCUUACGACUGGUGUUUGUUUUAAGGAGCUGAGGUGCUAUAUAAUAAAUUAAAAUAUCUUUGAUAACGAGUU